AUGUUGGAUCUUGAAGUUUGUGAUAUUGCAUUGUCUCAUGACAGCAGUAAGUCUGUGAACUUGUCAAAUAGAGCAUCUACAUCCUCCAAAAGGAAUUCAAGGUUGGAGGUUGAAGAAGAGGUCGAUAUGUUAUCAUCAUUUUGUCGACACAAGAAAAAAGUACUAUUGUCUGCUGGUUGGGCAGUUAGUAUUACAUAUGUAGGACAUAAAUUUGAAGGUGGAAUUGUUGAAUUUCGUAAUGCAUUGUUGAAGUUUUCUAUUGAGUGUGGAUUUGAGUUCAUAUUUGUUAAGAAUGAUAAACUUCGUGUUACCGCACAAUGUUUGUUUAGAGAGGCAAAAGGUUGUAUGUGGAAUGUUCAUGGUAAAGUGGAGAAUGCUAAUAGGUUCUUUUAUAUAAGGAAGUUGAAGAAUGUCCACACAUUUGGUGUUGAAGUACGUACAAUGAAUCAUUCUCGUAUGAGUUCUGAUUUAGUUGCUGAUUUGAUUGUUGAAGGUGUUCGUGAUAAUCCAUUGACACGUCUAGUUCAUGUUGUUCAGGAUUUUAAGUUGAGGUAUGGGCUAAGAGUUAGUUAUCGUCAAGCUUGGUUAGGGGUAGAGAAAGCAAAAGGUGAGAUUUUUGGAGACUACUUAAUGUCAUUUGACCAGUUAAGAUGGUAUGUGGAUGUUGCAAAGAGUUGCAAUCCAGAGAGUUACAUUGAGUUUGAGUGUGACGAUGAUACUAAACGGUUUAAGAGAUUAUUUGUUGCUUUUCAUGGUUCCAUUAGUGGAUUUGAUUAUUGUCGACCUCUCUUAUUCCUUGAUGGCACAUUUUUGAAGGAAAGAUUUAGAAGAAAUUUACUUGUUGCUAUAGGAAAAUAUGGAAAUCAAGGGUUCUACCCUGUUUGUUUUGCAGUUAUUGGCUCAGAGAAUCAAGAUAACUGGCGUUGGUUUUUCGAGCAUUUGAGUAAAAUUGUUUCACCAGAACGAAAUAUUACAUUUGUGUCAGAUCGUAACCUUGGAUUAGUUGACGUGUUGCAAAGGUUUUUCCAAUGGCUUUCCAUGCUUAUUGUUUAUAUCAUUUGA